UGGAAGUAAAUGGAUAACGAUCAUAAAGAAGUCUUCAAUUUGCCUGAGCCAAUAACUGGGCACAUUUUCACCUAUGCCCAUACGGUCUGCUAUUGCAAUUUUUUUCUCAUUUUCUUUUUCGCCUAAAAUGAAGAAAUCUAUAUUUUUUUUUUCUAUAUAAAAUGAGAAUUGCGGAAAGGUCCUCAGGUCAAUCGAAAUAAGAAAUUGGGUUGCGUCAUACAUACAUAACAUGAUACAAUAUCACUUGAAAGAAAAGCCUUUUUGACAAUAAAGGCUACAAAAUGAGUAUUUUGUAUUACAAAAAAUUUUGUAAUACAAAAGUGAUUCUUUACGUUCGACACCCAGGUCGAGUAGACCUCGUUCUUGUAAGAGCUAUUAACCAAUAAAUCAUAGGGAGGGACUUAUUUAUGUCACCAAAAACAGAGACUAAAGCAAGUGUCGGAUUCAAAGCUGGUGUUAAAGAUUACAGAUUAACUUAUUAUACUCCGGAAUAUCAGACCAAAGAUACUGAUAUCUUAGCAGCAUUCCGAGUCACUCCUCAACCUGGAGUACCCCCCGAAGAAGCGGGAGCAGCAGUAGCCGCCGAAUCUUCCACUGGUACGUGGACGACUGUUUGGACCGAUGGACUUACCAGUCUUGAUCGUUACAAGGGGCGAUGCUAUGAUAUUGAACCCGUUCCUGGAGAGGAAAGUCAAUUUAUUGCCUAUGUGGCUUACCCUUUAGAUCUUUUUGAAGAAGGUUCUGUUACUAACCUGUUCACUUCUAUUGUAGGUAAUGUAUUUGGAUUCAAAGCCUUACGGGCUCUACGUCUGGAAGAUUUACGGAUUCCUCCUGCUUAUUCAAAAACUUUCCAAGGCCCACCACAUGGUAUUCAAGUAGAAAGAGAUAAAUUAAACAAAUAUGGUCGUCCUUUGUUGGGAUGUACUAUAAAACCAAAAUUGGGUCUAUCUGCCAAGAAUUAUGGUAGAGCGGUUUAUGAAUGUCUCCGUGGUGGACUUGAUUUUACCAAGGAUGAUGAAAACGUGAAUUCCCAACCAUUUAUGCGCUGGAGAGAUCGUUUCUGCUUUUGUGCAGAAGCACUUUAUAAAGCUCAGGCUGAGACGGGUGAGAUUAAGGGACAUUACCUGAAUGCUACUGCAGGUACAUGUGAAGAAAUGAUGAAAAGAGCAGUAUUCGCCAGAGAAUUGGGAGUUCCUAUAGUCAUGCAUGACUAUCUGACUGGAGGUUUUACGGCAAAUACUUCGUUGGCUCAUUAUUGCCGAGAUAACGGCCUACUUCUUCACAUUCACCGCGCAAUGCAUGCAGUUAUUGACAGACAAAGAAAUCAUGGUAUGCACUUCCGUGUACUGGCUAAAGCACUACGUAUGUCUGGUGGAGAUCAUAUUCACGCUGGUACUGUAGUAGGUAAACUUGAAGGAGAACGGGAAGUGACUUUGGGUUUUGUUGAUCUAUUGCGUGAUGAUUUUAUUGAAAAAGACCGAAGUCGUGGUAUUUAUUUCACUCAAGAUUGGGUCUCUAUGCCGGGUGUUCUGCCUGUAGCUUCAGGAGGUAUUCACGUUUGGCAUAUGCCUGCUCUGACCGAGAUCUUUGGGGAUGAUUCCGUAUUACAGUUCGGUGGAGGGACUUUGGGGCACCCUUGGGGAAAUGCACCUGGUGCAGUGGCUAAUCGGGUCGCUUUAGAAGCUUGUGUACAAGCUCGUAAUGAAGGACGUGAUCUUGCGCGUGAAGGUAAUCAAGUGAUCCGCGAAGCUACUAAAUGGAGCCCUGAACUAGCUGCCGCUUGUGAAGUAUGGAAAGAAAUCAAAUUUGAAUUUGAUACGAUUGAUCGCUUGUAAUCGAGUGACUUUCGUCUGUUUGGUCCCUUAAUCAAAUCGAACUCGGCCCAAUCUUUUCUUUUAAGAUUGAGCCGAAUACCGAAUGGAUGGGAAUAGAUAAUUCGGCUAGAGGAAAGAAAUUUACCUCUUACCUACUAAUAGAGAAAUAUAUUUUCUGGAUUAUUCGACCGGGUCGGUGGAUCACUAGAUCCAGGCCCAGGGAGCAAGGGCCUUCAAUCUCUUCUAGCCACGCGCUCAAAGGAGGUUCAAAAUUUGUUAUCUUUAACAAAUUAAAUCCCGCUCAAAUCUCUUCUAAUCUAUAUCUAUAUAAAAGCUCAUUUUGAAUCGGCUUUGUCCGGAGCUUUAGUAAAAAAAAAAAAAAAAACUACAAUAGCGUAUUAUGUAAAAAUGUAAAAAUAGAUAUUUUAUUAAGUCAAUUGUUCAUUAUUUUUCAUGAAUCAUCGUGAAUUCGUUGGACAGAUCAGAAAGAACCUGAUGGAGACUUCCUUUUCUUUUUUUUUUUUAUCAGAAGCGGAAUUUGAUUCAAGGAAUCAAAUGUAUAAUGAAAUACCAUUAUAUAUAUAUAUAUAUAAUAGUACGCUAUUUGAACAAAUAAAUGAAUUACGACGAUAAGAUCGAAUUAAUUCCCGAUUAAGUCGAGUGAGUCAGAUGGAUCAAUUUAUUUCUUUUUUCUUAAAAAAAGAAAAAAAAAAUGGAAUAAAAAGGGAGCAAAAUUUGUAUUUUAUCUGUUAAAAGUUGUACAUUAACAAUAUGUAGAAAAAAUAUAGGAAAAUGU